GCCGCAAGUUUUUUCUCUUCAAGGGUUUGGUGUGGUAGAGGUGAACGAUUACGUCUUGCGGAACAGAUAGUAGUUGUUUUGCUCUGGUUAUUUUUCUCACUACCCAUCCACCGCAAGAGACCUUGGCCCGUGGACAUUUAUAAUUACAAAAGUAUUGGUUCAACAAGUUGCCUACUAGCGUCCUGGCUUGAUGAGGAUGGCAGAAGAACCUGCGACAAGAGAGCCGGAGAUGUCUGACGCUGGCUCGGACGAGGAGCUGGAGCUUCCCGCACCGAUGAUGGAGCAGGGGAGUCACGACGGGAGUAUCAGAAAGGGUUGUGAUCCCUGUUCUCAGACCCAACGCAGUAAGCUGCAGCACCGUAGAGCUCGUAUCAACCAGCAGAUAAACAAGGAGAUGAGGAUGAGGGCCGGGGCUGAAAACCUCUUCAGAGCCACCACUAACAACAAAGUGAAGGAGACUGUGGCUCUAGAGCUGAGCUUUGUCAACUCCAACCUGCAGCUACUGAAGGAAGAACUAGAGGAGCUCAACAGCAGUAUGGAGGUCUACCAGACAGAGAGUGAAGCCAUCAAUGUUCCCAUGAUCCCACUGGGUCUGAAGGAGACCAAGGAAGUGGACCUCACUGUUCCUCUCAAGGAAUAUAUCUGUGAGCACUACAGGGAGGACAGCUCUCUGUUUGAGAAAGAAAUCAAGGAGUUUAUGGAGCUCAGACAGGCCAUGCGUACCCCCAGUCGUAACGAGGCAGGUUUGGAGCUCCUGGUAGAGUAUUAUAACCAGCUGUACUAUCUGGACCAGAGGUUCUUCCCCCCACACAGAACACUAGGAGUCCACUUCCACUGGUAUGACUCUCUGACAGGUGUGCCGUCAUGCCAGCGUGCGUUGGCAUUUGAGAAGGGAAGUGUGCUGUUCAAUGUGGGAGCUCUCUACACACAGAUAGGAGCCAGACAGGACCGCUCUGCUGCAGCUGGCAUAGACAGGGCUAUAGACGCUUUCCAGAGAGCUGCAGGUGCAUUUAACUUCCUGAAGGAGAACUUUUCCAACGCUCCGAGUCUGGAUAUGAGCGGCCCGUCGCUAUGCAUGCUGGUCCGGCUGAUGAUCGCCCAAGUGCAGGAGUGUGUGUUCGAAAGGGUCACACUCACCACGCAGGACACACACUUCACCUCCCAGCUACAAGUGGCUCAAGAGGCUGCACGAGUAUCAGAUGUGUAUAGCUUGGUGCUCCAGACCAUGUCUCAGCCCUUAGUGAAGGACUAUGUCCCAUUCUCCUGGGCCUCCAUGGUUCAGGUGAAAGCAGAACACUUCAGAGCUCUCUCACACUACUAUGCUGCUGUCGCUCUCUGUGACCUCACACAGUCCAUUGAUGAAGAAGAGUGUGAUGAAGAGGGAGAGAAGGCUCUCUUCCAGCUCCAUGUCAGUAUUCCUGCUGGACCCCCACUCAGCCAGGUGCUCAGAGACCCCGAGGAGAGACGCAAACUGGGUAAGGCCCACCUGCGUCGUGCAUUGAUCAGACAUGAGGAAGCUAUGAGAGUACACGGUCUGUGUAAGAUCUUAAGGAAGAUGGAUAUUCUACAGGAGGUGCUCUCCUUCGUGCACAAACGCUCUUUGGACAAAUACUCUGAGAUGGACCGAGAGGACGACUUCGACGAGACAGCAGAGGCUCCCGAGAUACACUCUCAAACCCAGCAGAAGCCUGAUAUAAUUCCACCCAAUUUCUCCACUGUCCAAGUCACUGACAUCUUCCGAAGGCUGGGUCCCUUGUCAGUGUUCUGUGCCCGGGCGCGCUGGGGGCCGGUGCGUUUGGUGUGUCUCCAGCGAGGGGAGGGGGGUCUGGGGCUAACUCUCAGAGGAGACUCUCCUGUUCUGGUGGCUGGAGUAGUGCCGGGGGGGUGUGCUGAGGAGGCAGGUCUGAGAGAGGGGGACUACAUAGUGGCGGUGGAUGGAGAGAACCGUAAGUGGGCUAAACAUGGAGAGGUGGUCCACAGCCUGAAGAGCUGCAGUGACCGAGGAGUGGAGCUCAGCGUCAUCACACUGCACACACACGACACACAGGUGGAGAGGAGGUCAGUGAUGCUCUCCCCCAGAGGAGACAAAGAGAACACUUGCCAACGGCCCAUGGGUGGGGCUAAGGCCCAGAGCUCCGUCUCCUUACUCAACUGGAACAGGAAGAAAAACAGGGAAGGGGGAGGAGUCACCAAGAGACUGGGCAGCACCUUCAGUCUGCCAUUUGGAAACCUGGGAGACGGUGAAUCCAUGUACUGAGAUAGAUGGAGGGCAAGCUGAAAUGGUGCUCGAUUCCAUACAGUGCACUUCCAGCCAAAAGUUGUGCACUAGGGAGUAGGGUGCCAUUUCAGACUGUGCUAUAGACAGACAAACCACUCAGGGAAUGGCAAAGGGACAUGUUCCAAUACAAGGAUGAGUUGUAUAUGACUGGAUACUCCUAGAUAUUGUAAUGCAUUAUUGCAGCAAAUGCAAGGAACAUUCCGAAUAGGAGAAUUGUACGAAGAGAAGAAGAGGGGGAUGCUAUGUCCAGAUGCCCAGGGAAACUACAGUGGUUUUAGAAAGCACCCAACUGCAGGUAUAUGUCACUGAAGGGGUUAAGAGCAUCAUGUAAAUUGUCUUAAAAUAGACUAAUAGUUGUGGCCCAGUAUUAUUGUAGCUGACUUACUAUACAGCUAAAGGUCUUUAGAGAGUUGAAAGAAGAUUAACUGGACUUACUGUCAAACUACAGCCUCUGGUCUUAAGACAAUGUUAUCAUGUUGUUUUAAUGUUGAAAACAUUUUGUUUUACUUUACUGUUUACUGUAUCCCAGAGUCUUGCUUUUCCACUCCGGUCUUAAUGAGGUUUCUCUCAACAGUAAAAACAACAGUCACACCUACAUCCAUUUAGUACCUGAGCUUAGCUCUUACUUCCUCAAGCUAGAGCAUUGUGAAUCUUCUUUUUUGUUGUUGUAAGAUUUAAUUUUAUUUGAUGUUUAACAAAGGACACAAAUGACAUCACACAAACAUCAACUACAUCACACCUGCCCAGACUUAUUAGCACACACACCCAUCUCCAGUGCCUGCAUAAUUUUCCGCCACAUGGCCUCAAACUGCAUCAAUUUAUUUCUCUCCGUAGCCCACUCACUCUAAAUUUUUUACAAUAAAUCAUUAGAUUUUUCCAUUGUGUUAAUGAUGCCGGAUGAAUUGAUUUCCACAUUUUUAAUAUACGUUUUUGCAAAGUGAUUGAUGAGAAAAGAAUUGUCCAGCCCAUUGGGUAUCUCACAACACCCCUAUAUUCCAUGUCUUGAAAUAUGCAUACUUAUAGAUUAAGAUUAACAUCGUAAUACUUCUGACAGCCCACUUUCUAGCUCCGCCCACAAAAAAGACUGGAUUAUUGAGUCAUUGGAUGCGUUUGUAAAUUCACUCUGGAUAUCUACUCCGAUUUCAGAGCUCUCUGGACUGAGUGCGCCAGAGUGCAGAAUUACUGAUGAAUUUACGAACAUUUGAAUAUGAACGGUGUCAGUAAACAUUAGCAAAAAAAAAAAAAUAAUUUAAUUGUUGCCAGCAGCACAGUUACGGUCACCAACGCUCUAGACAACAUGAAAACACCCUAACCAGCUCUGCCAGGGUGAAUGAAAAUGGUCAGAAUGAGGUGUUCUCUCAUUUAUGUCUGGAAGUACAGUAGCUAGCAAGCUAGCCAACUUUAGCCAGUUAGCUUGAGUGCUUGACAGCCGUUGUGAGGUCAGAACAUUCGGAUGAACUUUACUCCUCAGCCAGAGCGUCCAGUGUGCGCUCUGAACGCUCCGAGAGCGAAACACUCUGAAUUUGCCAUUAACAAUGGACAAUCUGAUAUCCGUUCUGAAUAUUACGAACGCCCAGAGCGCACUCUGAGCUCACUCUCUGGCACUCCAGAGUGAAUUUAUGAGCACACCCAUUAUAGUUUUACACUUGGGACAUGACUGCUGUUGUGCUGUAGAAUUGGUGAAUUCUGUGUCUUGUACUGUAUCAUCAAUUCUAUAGAUAAGUUUAUACUGGGUUAAGCAUACAUUUUCGUUAACUGUAAUUUCAUGAGUUAUGCUCCAACUUUCCCUCCAUCUUGUGCCAACAUCAGUUCUUUUUAGGUCUUGGUUCCAAUAGUUUCUUCUUUUUUUUCUAAGAGAUUGUCAGUUUGAUAUGCUGCUGGCAAGGUAUUGUAUAUCGUCCCUAUCAUAUGAACAUCCUUAUCUGACUCAAAUCAAAUUCCUUCAAGGUUGCUCUGAUAUCCAAAAGAUGUGUAACUUUAAAAUUGUAUGUAUUCGAAACUAUAUUGGUCAGUCCAAAAUUGCUUCAAUACUGUCAUGGAAAUAAAUGUAUUCCCUGUUGCCAAGUCAUUUACAGUUUCUAUGAAUUUAGUUUUCCAAUUUAUCUGUGAAUUCUGAAAAGCUAUCCAAGGAUUGUUCCAUAAGGUUGUGUUUUUAUGGAGUGAUAUUGGUUCUUGUAGAAUGUUUCAGUUUAUUCCAUAUUGUUGUAGUGUUCUUAGCUAUGAAGUUGUUAAUGUUCUUAGCUUAAUGCUUUGAAAAUAGACACGUGGGCAGCAUCUUGAAGCACACAGAGUUUACAGCGGUAGCCAUGUUACUGCAUUCUGUGCUCCUACCAGUGUAUUUGAUGUGAACGUUUUUCUUUGUCUCUCUUUUGUCAUCUUGAUUGUUGGGUACAAAUGACUACCCACAAGGCACUACAAUAGUUAUGUCACAGGAGGUUGCUGGUACCUUAAUUGGGAAGGACAGGCUCGUGGUAAUGGCUGGAGCGGAAUUAGUGGAAUGGUAUCAAACAUAUAGUUUCCAUGUUCCAGACAUUAAUAUGAUCCGUCCUCCCCUCAGCAGCCUCCUGUGUUAUGUGUAAUUUUUAGUUUUUCUUCUGGUGUUUUGUAGUUUUUAAUUUUGUACGACAUUCUUAUGCACCGGGACUUCAUAGGAGGAGGAAAAACUAAUGCUCUACGUAUGUCAUGACACUGAAAUGGUUAACGUGGUAAUAUGCACAUUAGGGGAUUGACUAAAGACUUUUAUAUGUCUGGUACUUAGUAAGAGUUGAAUAGGAGAAUGGACAGUCUACCAUGUAGAAACCAGCUAUCAAUGUAACCAUAGAAGCAUAGAGGAGAGCUGACACAAUUGUUAGACACUUUUUUAUUUGUAUUUUUUAUGUUCACAUUUUCAAUAUUUGGAUGCAAAUACUAUUUUAAAUUGUAAUCCAUGUCUUUUUUGUUCAAAAUAAUGAUUGAGAUGUGUAUUUCAGAUUGUGAAUUAAGUCUGCCAUUGUGAUCUGUGGUUUCUUGUUUGAGUGAGUGUAAUUGUGUAAAGGGAUUUGUAUUUCUUUUGUUUAUUAUGUGAAAGACUGAUAAUCAUGGCUGGCUGCUCAUAUGAUCAACCAUCAAUUCCUCUUUUGAGGUGUGCUUGUGCGCAUGCACGUGAAUCCUUUUCGUGUGUGUGUUAUUUGUAGAGUAUUUGCACAUAAUUUUGUUGAUGAAUUAAAGGAGUGGAUCAAUG